AGAGAGGAUAUGUUGUCUCUAUAGUUCAUCUAUAGCUAUAGGUUUGUAUGUAGUUCUUUAUUGUUGUAGUAACUUUUUGGAUAAAAAAUGGGGUAAAGAUUAAAUAAGAUUGGAGAUUAUUUUUCCUAGGAGGAAUAUGAAGGCGGAUUGAAGAUGUUGUAAAAUAAUUUAUUCAAACUAUAUGUCUUUCACAGGAUACAAGAUCUGGGUCUUCCAUAACAAUAUGGAAGAUCAGCAUUUAGGUAUGGUGUGCAACCUUGGUGAUGGCGCUGGUGCUUUUACAGAUAUGUUGGUGUCUAUUUCCAGUAACCGGCACCGCAAGAUGAAGGUGGAGAUAGCCAACCACCCUCUCUACCAACAGCUUCUCUCCGCCCAUAUAGGGUGUCUCCGAGUUGCCACACCUAUCGACCAACUGCCCCUCAUCGACAACCAACUCUCCCACUUGCAGCAUCUCCUCCACUCCUACAAAUCCGACCCCCACCACCACCCUCUCCCUCCCGACGACCGCCGUGACCUUGACAAUUUCAUGGCACAGUAUUUGGUGGUUUUGUGUGCAUUUAAAGAUCGCCUGCAACAACAUGUCAGAGUUGAUGCUGUUGAGGCUGUCAUGGCCUGCCGUGAAAUUGAGCAUAGCUUACAAGCUAUCACCGGAGUAACCCUUGACGAAGGUUCAGGAGCAACAAUGUCAGAUGACGAUGAAGAAGAGAUGGGAAUGGAUUUUCCGGUAGAUCAGUCUGCAGGUGAUAUGUUGGGUUUUGGUCCUCUUCUCCCUACUGAAUCUGAACGAACUCUUAUGGACAGAGUUCGUCAAGAACUGAAAAUCGAACUUAAACAGGGAUUUAGAUCAAAAAUAGAGGAUGUAAGGGAGGAAAUAUUGAGAAAGAGAAGAGCAGGAAAAUUACCUGGUGAUACUACACAUGUGCUCAAAGAUUGGUGGCAACAACAUUCCAAAUGGCCAUAUCCAACUGAAGAUGACAAGGCAAAACUGGUGGAAGAAACAGGGCUACAACUCAAGCAAAUCAACAACUGCUGUGCACUUCCCUACGUUCCUCUUUCAUGCCUCCUUCAUGAAUUCGUUUUUGAAACUGAUUGUUAUCAAACCAUCUCCUUCAAUCGCAGGUUCUCCAUCUCGUUUUCACAUUCUUCCUUGAAAUUGAUUCUUCCAGCGCCUUCAAUCACAGCUUCUCCUCUUCUCAUCAGGUACAACUGAUGUGGGCGAGUGAUCCAGUGCCACAAUGAAGGGAAGGGGUUAAGAAGAAAGAAGGUUAUUCAUUGUCAUCAAAGUUAUUGAAACCAGAGUUACUACUUAGCAGACAUAGAAGAGGGAACAAGCUUGGGUCCGUGAUUAUGAAUACCAUAGAUGAAAAAAAAAAGAUGGUAACACAACGAUCAAGAAUGAGAUUGAGGGUAGCAGUGGACGAAGAAAAGGUCUGAAUAUUCCAACAAGAGGUAGGGAAAUUAUUGCUUAUGAUGAUAUUUUGUGACAAUUAUAGCCCAAAUUAAAGUAGAAUGAUCUGAUAAGAUGAUUUGUACAUCAAGAAGUUAUAAGUCUUGUAUACUGUUCUUGAUUUGAGGAUUCUUGGAGUAAUAGCCUGGAAGAAUAUGAAUUUCUUGUGGAUUGUCAGCA